AUGUCUUCCGUAGAGGCCGCCCCCAAAAUCGCGAAAGGCAACUGGAUGGAGCUUGACUGUUAUGUUGCGGGCGUCAAAGUCAGCGGCAAUUAUACAACCGCCGGCCCACCCCAAUUUGACGAAAAUGGGAACAUUAAGUUCACCUACGACUGGCAGCUCACAUGGCAAACCUGCAAGAACACUUAUUCAUCCACUGCUAGCUACGACAAUGCCAAGGGCCGUAUUGGUCAGAUUGAUUGA